AUGGAUAGUCUCAUUCCUUCUGGGGUACGCAACUUGACUCUGUUCAUAUUGUACGAGCCAGAUUAUCACUUCGCUUCCCUUCCGCACCAUUCGUGCCAAAGCAGUGCAAUUCCAUUCGUCAACUUCGACGAAUUUCAUAGUUCAAGAGUAGCUGAUAUGGCUAGAAAGCUACUGAGCAGUGUGAUCCAUAGUACGCUAUGGAUCAGAGACCUGCCCUCUACGCACAGAGGACGUACGAAAGGUGUCAGUGUUUGGCCACAGGUUUCUCCGUACUAUUGGUCGCGUCUGGCUGAGGUACGCUGGUUGCGGCAUGUACUCCGCACGCCAGAAAACCGUCUGCUUCGCAUAGAUCUUUUCAUCCACCUGUGUUAUGAGUGUAAGCAACCGAGAGGUGGACAGUCUAUGACCCGGCAACGAAGCACGAAACCAUUGGCCAGUAAAAUGAGUCGGCUAUUAUUGUCCAUGUCAGAGUCCUCUGAAGUCGUUGUUGUCAGCUCCGAAGAGGAAACUGAAUCCAGACCUUCACUCAACGGUGAUCAUUGCAGCGACCAAGAAUUAGAAGAUUCCGCCAGUCCUGCUAGUUCUACUAGUGUGGUUUCAGUGGAUGAUGAUGGAUUGGAAGCAUCGGAUGACGACGACUGUGAAAUCGUUACAGUGGAAGACACUCGUGGAGAAGAGAAGUGGCGCGAUGUCCAUGAGUCCUCUGAAGUCGUUGUUGUCAGCUCCGAAGAGGAAACUGAAUCCAGACCUUCACUCAACGGUGAUCAUUGCAGCGACCAAGAAUUAGAAGAUUCCGCCAGUCCUGCUAGUUCUACUAGUGUGGUUUCAGUGGAUGAUGAUGGAUUGGAAGCAUCGGAUGACGACGACUGUGAAAUCGUUACAGUGGAAGACACUCGUGGAGAAGAGAAGUGGCGCGAUGUCCAUGGCCCGUUCAAGAUGUUGAACGCUCUGCUUCAGGCUGGCCACACAGAUCCUCGACUUUUACUCACACGAAUGUUCGGAAUGGACGAUAAGUCGGUGCCGAACGAGACUAGUCAACAGUGGGGACUUUUGUUGUCCCUUCUGGCCGAGCCAAUGCCUCGACCGAGGUUACCACAUGUGAACACGCUGGAGAAAGUUGUGGAAUUGUUGCAAUCGUCUCGGUUCAUUCUGGUUGUCACUGGUGCCGGUAUUUCCGUGUCCUGCGGUAUCCCGGACUUCCGGUCGCGUGAUGGAAUUUAUGCACGAUUAGCCAAGGAUUACCCAGAUUUAUCCAGUCCCCAGUCAAUGUUCGACAUGUCCUAUUUCCUCCGAAACCCAUUGCCCUUUUUCAAGUUUGCAAAGGAAAUUUUUCCAGGACAAUUCGCUCCGUCUCUUACACAUCGGUUUGUUGCUCUACUGGAAUCAAAAGGAACGCUGUUACGCAACUACACACAGAAUAUUGACACUCUGGAACAAGCCGCAGGUAUUACACGCCUGAUUCAGUGCCAUGGCUCCUUCGCCACUGCCACCUGUACCUCCUGUAAAUAUCAAGUAUCAGGUGACGAAAUCAAAGAAACAGUGUUCGCACAAUCGAUCCCUUACUGUCCCCGAUGUCGUCCCUCAGACCGCACCACAAAUGGGAGCCCUUCCAGUUCGAAUUCUCCAGGAGGUGGCUCACUUGUGACUGGCUCAAAUGGGAUCCCAAAGCCCAGGAAAAUCCAGCAAAAACCUAAAGAUCCAUCGUUUGGUGUUCUAAAACCUGAUAUUGUAUUCUUUGGCGAGGAUUUAUCCAGCGAAUUUCAUGACACACUCGCUGGUGAUGUAGAAAAAGCUGAUUUAGUUUUAGUCAUUGGUUCAUCACUGAAGGUUCGACCAGUCGCACACAUUCCAAAUUCGAUUCCGGAAAGCGUCCCCCAGAUAUUGAUUAACCGCGAACCUCUCAUAAAUCACGACUUCGAUGUGGAGCUGCUAGGGGACUGUGAUGUGAUCGUGAACGAGUUGUGUCUUCAUCUAAAUUGGAAUCUUCCCGGUUCACCGUCGUCCCAGGCGCGAAAAUUUAUCCCUUUAUGUGAUUUGAUGGCUGAACGAGCGAAAGGAGGAUUGCAGACAAAACUUGGGUCCAAAUCGCCCGGAUGUAUAGAACAGUCCAAAGCAAACGGUCUAAACGACGUUGACCAAACCCAGGAGCAGGAUACCACUACUACUGCCGCCUCGGCGCAAACUUCCAGCUUAACUGAUGCUAAUGGGACCAGUCGAUUAGAAAACGACAGAUCCUGCCUUCUUGAUGACACACCUGACGAAGUGGUUGAAGUCGAGGGGUCAGACGAUAGCGAAUUAGACGAACUUUGGGAUGUCGCCGCUUUUUUACCGCCCGACUCGUUCACUCGCAUUCCCCCGAACCAGUAUGUAUUCCCCGGAGCAGAACUAUUCAUCUCUCAAACCGGGGUGUUGCCCGAAACUGAAAGUGAACAAACGGGCUCUCUCCACACUUCACCUAUCCCGGCCCAUGCACAGUUGGAUCCGGGGACCCUAGUGAUGACUAUGAGUGAGGAACCCAGUGCAACUCGUUUAUCUCACUUUUUGGACCGAUUUCCUGGAUCGUCUACAAAAAACCACUCAGCUCAAUCAACAACUGAGGACCCCCAUACACUGGUUGUUCCGUGUUCAGCUGCUGAUUCGUUUUGCGAAGGUGGGGAAGUACAGUCCCAAAGUAUCCCAAAUAAUAGAUCCAGUCCUCUUCUUCCCAACGAAUCACCAAAUGUGUCCAGCUCGCCAAUGUUCAACCCGGACAAGACACCCACCACUGCUGUCUCCGACCUGGAAGCCGGUCCGGAAGUUAAACGCUCUCGGUUGGAUCUUCAGGACAUCUCAUCAUGCUUAUGAACCAUUAUUUGUACAGUCUGUCGAUAUUGCUCUGCCUCCUGACCACCCACCUCCGGAACAGCUCUGUUGCACCUUACUACCUGAUUCUUCUAUCAUCCUGCAUUUUGAAGUUACACGAUGAUUUUCC